CGCCGAGCUCCGGCUGCCGGUUCCCGGCCGCGCUGUCCGCCCGGCCCUUGCCGGUUCCCGGCCCCGCUGUCCGCCGGGCCCUUGCCGGUUCCCGGCCCCGCUGUCCGCCGGGCCCUUGCCGGUUCCCGGCCCCGCUGUCCGCCGGGCCCUUGCCGGUUCCCGGCCCCGCUGUCCGCCGGGCCCUUGCCUGCUGCGGGCGGCUCCUCUGGGCCCGGAGCAGACAAAGGCUGGCAGCCCUGUGGGCCGGGCAGCGCGGACCGCCCGCCGCCCCUGCGGCCUCUCCCCGGCCCUCAGAGUGCGGCUCCGCUCGGGGAUGUGUUUCGGCGGUGGUACCGCUGCUGCUUGUCCUUUGAUCGUGCCUUAGCCUCCAAGGCUCACAUUCCCCUUAACAGCGCGGAAAGCUGGCAAACCUGAAAAUAAUCUCUCCCAGCAACAACUUUUUAAUAACUGGUCUGGAGACUUCCACCAGCCGAGGGACGGAGGUGCCUCUGGAGUUGGCUUUGCAAUUCAGGAAGAUUUUCUCCUAGCAAGGGUGGAUGGAGGACGUAACUGCUACUGAAGGAGGAUUUUAAAGGGGGUCUGAUGACAACGAAAGCAAACUCUCCUGUGACAGCAGGAGCUAUAGUUGUCCCCUACGGGCAUGUGAUUGGAAAUGAGAAGUGGAGAGGGUCAGAGGUAGCCCAAAGACUACAAGGGAAAGUUAGACUCAUCUUUGAAGAUGGCUUGGGACUGGUGGACUUUCAUCUUUCAAACAAAACUUGCAUUUUAUUUAUUUCUGAAGCAGAUUUGGUUGCAGGGGAUGAAUUCAAACGAAGAUUGGUUAAGUUUAGAAAUGCCAGCAGUCUUAGGGGAAUUGUAAUUGUAGAGAAAACCCAAAUCAGUGAUCAGUACUACUCAGGAGUACAAAAACUUGUAGUACUGGAACUUGGAAUGGUGUUGCUUCCUGUGGCAAAUCAAGGAGAAGCCUCUCAGCUUAUUAUUCAACUAGUGCGGGAGCAGGGCCGGGAUCGCGGCUCCAACCCCUUCGUCCGGCGGCAGCGCGCUCCGCCGCCCGAGCCCGCCGUGCUGCAGGCGCUGCUGCACAUCCCCGGCGUGGGGAGAACCAAAGCCCUGCUCUUACUGCAGCACUUGGGCAGCAUCCAUCGGCUCUGUAACGCGUCCAGCAAUGAGCUGGAGCAGGUAGUUGGACCAACAGUAGCACAACAGAUUUACACUUUUUUACACUCCUGAUGUGCGUGUGCAGUGGUAUUUUGCAAAAUAAAAACUUGGAGUUUUUCUUCUGAAUUAUAAUUUUUUUUGUUUUGAUAAACACAUAUUAUGCUAAUUUUUGUAAUCAUGGCUAGCAGCAACUGGACUCUGAUGUUUCUUUUUUACAUCUGCUCUGUUCAUAUAGAUAUAUAGAUUAAGCUGUGCAGAUUCCCAUGGAAAGAAGUCUGUAAAGUAUUUUGCAUAUAUCUGGGAAAAAAAACCCAAA